AUGAAACAAAAUGAUCUAAAACCAAAACCUGAAAUACAGGCCUUCUGCGACCUUGCUGUACCGGAUCAUCAAAACGAGUGCGGCAUCGCGGGGGUUUGGCGGAACCAGCUUCAGUCCGUAAUGAAGUUCACAUGCAUUGGCGGCCACAUCGAAGGAAAAUACUUCACGGCGGUCGGCAACGCUGACGGAUUUUACACUCUUUCUGGGAAAUACUUGAAGCCCGACGACGACACGACAGUCGUUGGCUGGGUUGUUGCCUUUAGCAACGACAUGUACGGAAAUUCCAACUCCACGACCGCAUGGUCCGGGAUCCAUUACGCUGACGAGGGCACUCUGUACACCCACUGGCUGUUGACCCAUUUCUAUCCACGUGCCCAGCUGUGGAAGACGACGAUGAUCAACCACGAUGACUUUAAGAAGGUCUGCUAA